UUCAAACAAAGCCCCCCUAGCUUUCUCAAAAUUAAAAUCGGACCCCGAUUCAAAAACCCACCUUUCCUAAAUAUCCAUUUUUGAUCUUUUUUCUCAAGAAAAAUAACUUUUCCGAGAAAGUGAGUAAGAGAGAGAAAGAGAUGACAAUGGAUAGAGAGAAGGAAAGAGAGAUAGAGCUCGAAAGCGCAAUGUACGCGAAUUGCUUGCUUUUAGGUUUGGAUCCGUCGAUAAUCGGGCUCGGAGCCUCCAACGGAACCCCUCGUGUCGGACUCUUCCGCCAUUCGAACCCUAAAUUAGGCGAACAGCUUCUUUACUUCAUCCUCUCUUCUCUUCGUGGCCCCGCUCAAUCAGCCAGAGAUUUCGAUAGAGUUUGGCCGAUUUUUGACUCAGCGCAAUCUCGUGAUUUUCGAAAGGUUGUGCAAGUUAUAAUUAGUGAGCUGGAAGCACAAGGAGCUCUACCGAGGAGUAAUUCGAGGGUUUCUUCGCUUGCUACUUGCUGUGGACCAAGAUUUGUUGAACUUUUAUGGCAACUUUCGUUGCACGCGUUGAGAGAAGUUCACAGAAGGACUUUUGCGGCGGAUGUUGCUUCUAACCCAUUGCCUGUGCCAUUAACUGAUGUUGCAUUUUCACAUGCUGCUACACUACUUCCUGUAACCAAGGCUAGAAUAGCACUUGAACGGAGGAGAUUUUUGAAAAAUGCAGAAACAGCAGUGCAGAGACAGGCUAUGUGGUCAAAUUUGGCUCAUGAAAUGACUGCAGAGUUUCGUGGUCUUUGUGCUGAGGAGGCUUAUUUGCAGCAAGAGCUGGAAAAACUACAUGACUUGAGGAACAAAGUGAAGUUGGAAGGGGAGCUAUGGGAUGAUCUUGUCUCUACUUCAAGUCAGAAUUCUCAUUUGGUUUCAAAGGCAACUCACUUGUGGGAGUCCAUAUUAUCUCGUAAAAGUCAGCAUGAAGUUCUUGCUUCAGGUCCUAUUGAGGAUUUGAUAGCUCAUCGGGAGCAUAGGUACCGCAUCUCUGGAUCUUCUUUGCUUGCAGCUAUGGAUCAGAGUUCUCAAGUUCCUUAUACUGAUGUUUUAUCCGUUCAGUCUGGUGACUUGGAUGACAAAGAACAGAAUGAUGGACAUAACACACGGGCCAAUGGUGAGACACUUUCUCGGGUAGAUGAUAGAAGUGGAAGGGUCCACCAGACUGUUGAUGUAGCUGAAAUUAUCAGGCGUUGGACGCAUGCAUUACAACGCAUUCAUAAACAGUCACUUCAGCUGGCAAAAGCUAACAAUGGAAAGGGUCCUGAUAUUUUACGAAGUGCGCAAGAUGGUGGCACAAGUGGCCAUGCUGAGUCAUUGGCUGCAACUCUUGCUGAGCAUCAGCAACAUCUGGCUAGCUUUCAGGUGCUUAUUAACCAACUAAAGGAAGUUGCUCCGGCAAUCCAGGAGUCAAUAUCAACCUGUACAGAGAAAGUAAAUAGCAUUUCGUCCAACUUGCCUUCUAUGGCUAAACAUCGUGGUCAAGCCACCUCCCCUAUUCGAGCUCAGAGCAGUGGAAGGACCUUGGAAAGUAGCUCUGAUGAUAUUGGUGACAUUACUUCAAAAAUCUCUAUUGUUCAGCUUGACAAGAUUUCAGCUACUCCUGCUUUAAAGCUCCCGCAGUUAUUUAGUUUAACCCCAAAUUCAUCUGGAAAAGGUGGAAACAUGCAAAGGCGACAUACUUUAGCACCGCACACCAACCAAAUUGAUACUCUGUCUGAAAGAAGCUCUGUGGACCAGCCUUUAGCAAACAAUCGUCUAGAUAACCAACCCCAAGAUAAUGACAAUUCUUAUGUUCAGAACUUAAAGAGAUCUGUUAGGCAAGCUGCACUGUCAAUGCCAUCCUGCAAUUCAGAGUCAUCACGGGACAGUCAAUCUGAUGAAAGUUCUGAACACUUCUUCGUACCUGUUUCAUUUACUAAUUUUUCUCGUGGGGGACCAGAAAAUAAAGUGGGCUCGAUAAGAAGUAAGAGAUUAUUUUCAACUCAAACAGACAAUUCCUUGCUUGACGGCCAUGCUAGUGAUGAUCGUAUUGUGAGUAACUAUGAUGACAAACCACACAUGAUGAACAAUCUGGAUUCUCUUAAUGGUUAUGAUCAAGUAAAUGGAUUUCUCCCAACUGCUGCUUCAAGUUGCACAGCUUCUGAUGGGCAAAGGUUAUUUUUUGACAUGGAAGAAGCACAAGAUCAGGUCUUCUCCCCUCCUUUGCUGAUGGACACAUCCCUGUUAGCCGAAUCUUUUGAGGAUUUGCUCGCUCCACUUUCAGAAACAGAAACUGCCUUGAUAGAGCAUUGAGACUGGAGUUUGAACGAUUCUUUUAGGAUGCUUUUGAUUUUGGACCUUGGUUGAGAUGUCCAGAGCACUCUCCCAUUGAUUUGUUGAACGACACGAUGGGGAUGCCUUUAUGUACUUCAAGAGACAGAUUUACAACUGAAAUCGUGAAGACUUCUCGGCAUUCAUUCACAACUAACAAAAAUGUAAGAAAAGUUUUAAUUUUGCCCACACUGAAAUUAUUUUAGCAUAUUAUUUAAAUGAUUAUUAUUAUUAUUAUUGUUCAUACCCUGUGUAAAAUGUUGAGGAGUACUUGGGUACUGAGGGGUACUUGGGUAAAAUCUCUUAAGUUUCUCCAUUUUCUUUUGAUACGCUAUGAAGAUAAAACGAGACCUUCUAAAAUCUAAAAGUGUUCUUUAACCUCUUACUGCUUUUAUUGCGUAAUUCAUUAGAUUUUUUUUUCGACUACUUCGUGA